AUGGGUUCAGAACCAUCAUCGAAUUUCCCAUUCCCAAUCAAAACAAUAGUAGUACUAGUACAAGAAAACCGCUCUUUUGAUCACAUGUUAGGGUGGAUGAAAACCCUUAAUCCGGAAAUCGACGGCGUUGCCACCGGAACCGAAUAUUCCAACCCUUUGUCCACCUCCGAUCCUAACUCCGGCCGGCUAUACUUCACGGAAAAAUCCAUUUACGUUGACCCGGAUCCGGGUCACUCGAUCCAAGAUAUUUACGAACAAAUUUUCGGGGAGCAAUGGACACAAGACGUGGCUUCCAAGCAACUAAAACCAACCAUGCAGGGAUUUGCACAGAAUGCUGAACGGAAACAGAAAGGGAUGUCCGAGACAGUAAUGAACGGGUUCAAACCGGAAGCCGUGCCGGUUUAUAAAGAGCUGGUGUCGCAGUUUGCGGUUUGUGAUCGGUGGUUCGCAUCGGUUCCGGCUUCCACACAGCCGAACCGGUUGUUUGUGCAUUCGGCUACUUCUCAUGGGUUGACAAGUAAUGAUACAAAGCUUUUGGUUGAAGGGUUACCCCAGAAAACCAUAUUUGAAUCUUUGGAUGAUGCUGGCCUUAACUUCGGAAUUUACUAUCAAUUCCCUCCAUCCACACUUUUUUACAGAAAUCUUCGGAAACUCAAGUACUUGAAGAACUUUCACCCUUUUGAUCUCACUUUCAAAAGGCAUUGCAAAGAGGGAAAGCUUCCAAAUUAUGUAGUAAUUGAACAGAGGUACUUUGACCUAAAGAUAUUGCCAGGCAAUGAUGAUCAUCCUUCUCAUGAUGUGUUCGAGGGCCAAAAAUUUGUGAAACAAGUCUAUGAAGCGUUAAGAUCAGGUCCACAAUGGAAUGAGAUGGUAUUUGUAAUUGUAUACGAUGAGCAUGGUGGUUUUUUCGACCAUGUUCCGACUCCGGUCACCGGAGUUCCUAGCCCUGAUGACCUUGUUGGACCGGAGCCUUACAAGUUCCAGUUUGAUCGCUUAGGAGUAAGGGUUCCCGCCAUCUUGAUAUCUCCUUGGAUCGAAAAAGGAACAGUGUUACAUAGACCAUCAGGACCAUAUCCUACAUCUCAAUUCGAGCAUUCUUCGAUUCCAGCAACCGUCAAGAAGAUCUUCAACUUGAAAGAGUUUCUUACCAAGCGCGACGCUUGGGCCGGCACUUUUGAGAGCUUGAUCAACAGAGACAAUCCAAGAACUGACUGCCCUGAAAUUUUGCCUGAGCCUGUGAGGCUGAGGGACACAGAAGCCAAAGAAGAUGCCAAGUUAACUGAUUUCCAAAAAGAAUUGGUUCAGAUGACAGCAGUGUUAGGGGGAGACCAUAUCAAGGACAUUUAUCCACACAAACUUGUGGAGGACAUUACUGUUGCUACAGCAGUGGAUUAUGCCAAUACUUCAUUCAAGAAAUUCUUAGAUGAAUGUGAGAGAUUGAAGCAAAAUGGAGCUGAUGAAUCCACAAUUUGUUCUUUACCUCUACCGGUAGCUGAUCAUUCAAAGAAACAAUCCAACUCGCGUUCUUUCAUUUCCAAGUUCUUUUCCUGUGUUGCCUGUAACAAUUCCUAA